GCUACCGUUUGCUCCGGGACUUGCUGCUCCGGGACUUGCUGCUCCGGGACUUGCUGCUCCUCAGUUUGUCCAGCCGGUCUUUGGGACUGCUGUCCCGCAGUUCAUCCAGCCUGUGGUCCAGCCAGCUUUUCAGCCUGUGGUCCAGCCGGCUUUCCAGGCUGCCCCAGUCGUUGCUGCCGAGCAGAACGGCCAG